UAAACCACUUAUCCCAUCCAAACAGGAAAGUCGAAAGAUGACUAACUACUGCAUAUAGAAGGUAGCCAGGAUCCAGCCAGGAUAGCUGUGUCACAAUAAUUACACGAUCCUACACCACAUUGUUGACUCACCACUGAAAGUCGCGUACAUUCCACACUCUAUACUUCGGAUACACAUUACCAAAGCAGGGAUCAUCUUUGAAGCCCUUAGAGGAAGUUAUACUUCACUAUUGUUCCUGAGACACGUCUGUGUUUACUUUCUUUAAAAUAAAUACAGUUUAAUUGACUAUUGAAAGCAAGGUGUCUGGAGUCCGGGAUUGUUCUGAAUACACAUUUGUGUCCUUUCUCUGGAGAGCCUAUACGUCAUUGAAGAAGUGGAGACAUGGGGAUCGUAUAUUCGGAGCCCAUCUGCCAGGCUGCCUACGAUGAUGAUCUCCACAAGGUGUACCUUCUCCUCAGCGAAGACAAAAAGAACCUCAACGCUCAAGACAGUCACUACGGAGACACGCCCAUCAUUGCCGCCUGUCGUCGCGGCAACACCCGUGUGGUCAAGUACCUGUUGGACCACAACGCAGAAGUUUCGUUGAGGAACAAGAAAAACAGAACAUGUCUCCACUACGCUGCCAGAAGGACCUUCUCCCUCCUGGACUACCUGAUGAUUGCCAUCCUCAUGCCCAUCCUGCUGAUUGGGUACCUUAUACUGGUGCAGAAACAGAAGAAGAAUGUCAGUCUGAUGAACCUGGUGCUCAGCAGUGCAGUGGAGGUGGAUGCUGUGGAUAAUAAAGGCAACACAGCUCUGCACUACGCCUGCCAGAGGAAGAGUCACCGCCUCGUUCCCCUGCUCCUGGAGAAGAACGCUGACGCGUCCAUUCAGAACCAUAACAAGGAAACUCCUCUUGAUAUUGCCAGAAGGUUGGACUUCAAGAAGAUAGUCGCCACGUUGAAGAAACCCCACUGACGGCCACCUCUGACUGAAGACAAGGGGGUGGCACUGGCCACGAUUGGAACAUAUCUACAUGGGUGCUUUCAUAUUUUAUUUUUGUACAUAAAUGUAAGGAACAGUUGGAAGGAAUGAUAUGGUGUUUUAAAUAAAUCAUGAAAAAAAAAUCUG